AUGAUUGACACUUUAUCGACUUCUGCUCGAACUGAUAAGGACUUAAGCAAGAUCUCCGAAAUACAAUCAAAAAUUGACCAGCAUGGAGGACAAAUUGAAAGACUGAGAGCCAUUAUAGGAAGUGUCAGUCAGGAAAUUUUUAAUGCUACAGAGCGAGAAAGAAUAAGAUUUAGUAAAAUGCUGAUCAAUUUCGCAAAUGAACAAAACUGUAAAAUUUUACAAAUGGAAUCCAAUCUAAGGCAGGAAAUUCAAAAUAACACUGAAAGCUAUGCUGAGACACUUAAAGUCCAACAAGAUGACAUCCAUAACUUUGAAAAUAUGCUGAUUACUCAAAUCGAAAAAAAAUUUAACACUCUAAAAUCUUAUACCACUAAAGCUUUAGGCGAUUUUAAGGAUUUGAACCAGAGCGAGUAUCGUAAACAACAAGCUAGUAUAUCUUCGUUGUUAGAAUCAAUAAACUUAUUAGAAAAAGAAGCAGAAGCAUCGGAUCAGGAAAUAACUGAAAUAGUCAAAGCUGAAAUCACUGAAAGGAAAGCUAACAAUCGAAAUAUAGAAGAUCAAAUACAAAGUUUAGAAAAAAAUUUAGCUCACGCAAUCAACACUAUCAACUUGGCUAUAAGUGAGCUGGAUACUAAGACUAAUGCCUAUAAAUUAACUAAGGAGAUCAAUGGAGAGAAUUUCGUCAAAACUGAUACAAAAUCAAUUAAUUGUAAACAGCAAUUACAUGAGCUACAGGAGACUGUGGAUCAAAUUCGAACUCCUAUUCUUAGAAAGGUAACUGGACUCAUUAAGACCGAAAAUGAUGGUCAAACGGUUGAAUCUCUUAAAUCAGUAAACGGCUUAAAAGUAGAUAUCGAGCGUCCGAUACCUAUGCAAGAUCAUAGCAGUUUUUCAGGACGUGUAAGACCGUCUAAAAAUGAUGGAACUGCGAAUAAUCUCGAUAUUGAGAAACGUAAACACACGUCAAUCGUUAAUAGGAAUAAAGCGCACAGUAGGAAAGGUCAAAGUAAUGUUCAAAGUACUUAUAUGCAAUUUCAGGAAACUGCACAUGAUAAGCAGCAGUUAAAAGAAAUAAAACCUGGUGAUCAACAAAGAGCAAGUACUGCAUCAUCACAUUAUGAACCACUAAGUAAUAAAAUUAUAGGAGAAGAUAAAAGUAAACAAGAACAAAUAAAUCGAAAGCAAAGUUCAACACACAACGAAACCGAACAGAUUGCUAAUUACGAACCUGGGAGCGUGCCAGAAAUUCCAAAGAGAAAAUCCAACUUUAAAGAUAAAUCUAAAUUCUAUAUCAAAGACAGUGAGAGUAAAAAGCGAGAUAUUCAGACGCAAAAGUUGUCAUUAUCAUCACAAGAUCAGGGUUCAGGUCAGAUUGUACAAGAAAAUCCGGUAAAUAUACAAUCUCACCAAUUGCCAGAACUACAGCAAUUUACGUCUCCAAAUGAAGCAUUACUUGACAAUCCGAGCGGCACUCCUCGUAAUUUUGAUAAUGAUACUCACAGCGAAAAUAUAGUCAAUCCUGUAUUUCAGAAUGAUGAUAAUAUUUCUGAAUCCAUUUCGGAAUUAGCUGAAUCCGAUAAGAUUACAAAUAUAGCGCAAAAUGGUGGUAACGAUGUUGUUAUUAAUAAGAGCCAGAAACAUUCCGAGCUAGACCAGCUUUCAGAACAUCAGGACUCUAGUAAUAAUUAUCAUGAAAAUACGGCAGAAUCAUCACCGAAAAAAGCUACAGAUAACAGUAAUUUGAAUAAAUUGCAUCAAAGUUCUCGUGAUAUGGAGGCAAUAAGAAAUCCGCAGAACUACCCCUCAAUUUCUGAGAAUAAUAGCAAUUUGCAACAAAAUCCCAAUAUCAUUGCAAUUAUGGAAAAUCUGCCCCUAAAAAAAUCAUCGGUAAAAAAGGGAGUCGGGAAGAACCGUUUUGAUACAACGGAUGAAGAUGAUUCAGAUUAA